GUUCACCACCAGUCGGUAAUGUGGCGUAUUUGGUGUGUGUUUUUCUUCUCCGGACAUCGCGAAGCAUUUCCACGAAUUUCCCACAAUUUUCCACCUCAAAACUCUGUGAAUUUACGUGAAAAGUGUAUUGGAGAGUGCUCCCAAUCAAUUACCAGUGCAGUGUGGGCAAAUUUUGUGAGAUUGAGUGGAAAACAGUGUUGACUCUGACACUGCGUGGCUUUUCAAUGAGCAGGUAACCAACAGUUAGCCGAAGAUGACGGACAUUGUAUAUCCACAAGGCUGUAAACCCGUGACAGAUGAUUUGGGGCCCGAUGAACUCAUACGGCGCCUCAAGGCACUCUCACACACCCUCCAGACAAUGGGUCAGGAUGAGGGACUGCACCAGCAGUACAUUCCGCUGGCACUACAUCUAGCCGAUGAGCAAUUUCUCUGUCACAGUUCAAGGGAUGUUCAGCUCCUGAUAGCAUGCUGUAUAGCUGAUGUAUUGAGAGUUUAUGCACCGGAGGCUCCCUAUAAAGAUCAAGAACAGGUUAAGGGGAUCUUUCUCUUUCUCAUACGUCAGCUCAAUGGGCUUAAAGAUCCCAAAGAUCCGGCAUUCAAGAGGUAUUUCUACCUCUUGGAAAAUCUCGCCUAUGUCAAAUCCUUCAAUAUGUGCUUUGAACUGGAAGAUUCCCAGGAGAUAUUCUGUGCUCUGUUUCAGUUAAUGUUUAAAAUUGUCAAUGAUGAGCACAGUGGGAAGGUGAAGUCAUUUAUGCUGGAUGUACUGUGUCCAUUGAUCACAGAAUCUGACAAUGUUUCCAAUCAAUUGCUAGACAUUAUCCUGUCGAAUAUUGUUGAGCCCCAAAAGACUACACGGAAAAAUGCCUAUUUCAUUGCCAAAGAACUCAUUCUCAAGACAGCUGACACGCUCAAGCAGUACGUUCAGGCAUUUUUCAAUCAAGUCCUCGUUCUGGAUAAAGUGGACAAGAGUUUCACCAUCACGUCCAAAGUCUAUGAUCUGAUCUAUGAACUCAAUAGCAUUGCACCGUCGUGUCUCCUGUCCGUUCUGCCACAAUUGGAGUGCAAACUCAAGUCCAGCAAAGAGAGUGAACGAGUUAAGGCUGUUGCCUUGCUGGCCAGGAUGUUUUCAGAAAAGGAUUCCGGCCUAGCUAAGCAGUAUACGCCACUCUGGAGAACUUUUCUUGGUCGAUUCUAUGACAUAGCCGUGCCCAUUCGUAUAAAAUGUGUCCAGAGUACCAUGCACUUUCUCCUCAAUCAUCCCCAUCUGCGAAAGGACAUCAUAGAAACCCUCAAGGUACGCCAGCAUGAUUCAGAUGAGACUGUACGGUAUGAAGUGGUAAUGGCUAUUGUGGAGACUGCAAAAAGAGACUUUCAGAUUGUGUCAGAGUCUGAGGAUCUUCUAGAUUUCGUCAAAGAGCGCACUCUGGAUAAAAAAUUCAAAAUACGCAAGGAGGCCAUGAAUGGCUUGGCAAUGAUCUACAAGAAGUACUUAAGUGACUCAAAUGUUCCAGAUGCCACAAAGAAGGCCGUGAAUUGGAUCAAAGACAAAAUUCUCCAUGGCUACUACAUGACAGGCAUUGAAGAUCGGUUGCUGGUUGAGCGACUUCUAAUCACAUGCCUUGUACCCUAUCAACUGCCAGCAGAUGAUCGUAUGCGAAAACUCUAUCAAUUGCUAGGGACAAUUGAUGAUAAUGCCACAAAGGCUUUCAUCGAACUGCAGAAGAAUCAACUGAAAGUACGCAAAACCGUUUCUGAAUGGAUAAAAUUGCACCGGGUGAAAGUACUGACGCCACAGGUGCAGAAGGAAAUGAAUGCCAAAUGCACUCACAUCUCCAAACAAUUGCCGGAUCCGGUGAAGGCUCAGGAGUUCCUCACAAAAUUCUCCAGUCACAUGCGUAGCGAUGGGCAAUUGGUGAGGGAGAUGGACACAAUUCUCAAGAGGGAUGUCACAUGUAAGGAAUGUGCCGAUACAAUGGCCACGGUGCUCAAGAAACUUGGACAGCCCAUCAUGACCAAUCUCUACUACAACACCAUCAAGAUGCUGCUGGAACGCAUUGCAUCCGUGAUGGUGGAUAAGGCGUCCAUUGAGGUGCUCGUGGGACUCAUUGAGGACUGUAUGCACGGCGGGGAGGAAGUUUGCAAAGAGGUGGGCCUUCCUGCGGAAUCUGCUGGUGAACGGGGCUUAAAGUUGCUGAGUGUCUUGGCGUAUGUGUUCUCAGCCCAUUUUCAGCAUACCACAAUUCUCAAUCACAUGAUAGCCUUGCUGGGUUCAGACCAAGACUAUGCUGCCCCCUACAUUCUCAAAGCCUUCACGUAUCUGGGCCGCUAUAAGCCCUUGGUAGAUUCCCAUCCGGCUGUCCUGCAGCGACUGACGCCAAUUUGCAAGGAAUUGGCUAUUUCGGGAACGCCAAAACAGGCCAAACACGCCGUUAGGUGCAUGUAUGUCAAUAUGACAUCGAGUGUGGGCAGUGAAGGGCAGAAUUCCGAGGCGGGUGAUGUUUUUGCUGAAAUUGUGGAGACGCUCAAGGUGAAUUUGAGUCCGGAACAGGCCAAGUAUCGUACGGCAAUUGUUUGCCUUGGACACAUUGCAUACAACAUCCCGGAUCGCUUUCAUGUGCCCAUCAAAAAUAUUAUUUCGCGGAAGAUUGUCAAGGAGUUACUGGUGAAGGAUGUUCCGGAGGAUAGGAAGGACAUCCCAAGUACUGAAUGGUGUUCAGAAGAGGAACUUCCCGAGGAGACUCGGUGCAAGGUUGAGGGUCUUAAGACGAUGGCUCGGUGGUUGUUGGGACUGAAGAAGGAUGUAAUGUCGGCUCAGAAGACCUUCCGAAUGUUACAUGCCUUCAUUAAGCAGAAGGGUGAUCUCUUGGAGCAAGGACGUCUAUCGGCAGCUGAGAUGUCUUGGCUCAGACUGAGUGCGGGCACAGCUAUGCUAAAGAUUUGUGAACAGAAGGGCGUGGGAGACCAAUUUACAGCUGAACAAUUUUACAAUUUGUCACAGUUGAUGGUGGAUCCGGUUCCGGAGGUCAGGGAGGCUUUUACUAAAAAACUGCACAAAGGACUCAACAAGGGCAUUCCCCACAAAUGUCUCCCACUCGAUUUCAUGGGAUACUACGUGCUGGGUGGACGGGAAACAGAUAGAAGGCUGAGUUUACAGAUAAAAACGAACAUCGAGACGGAUGUUAGUCGAAGGCGUGAAUACGUAAAGUCUUUCGCAACUGUAGAACGAGCAAUGUCUCAAUUGCCGCACAUCCUUCCUGACUACAUGUUAGUGUUUGCUGUGCCCGUUCUUACGCACGAUCCCAAUUUUACGCAAUGGAAUGACCCGGUUCAGCUGAAGCAGGUGGAAAAGUGUCUGUGGUUGAUCCUUGAACCUCUGGUCAUGAAUAAAGAAUUCUUCUGUUUUGGCUUCUACAAAAAUCUCGUGGAUAGAAUGAAGCAGCAUAAGGAUGCCCUCAAGAAGGAGGAUGAUGAGACAAAUUAUAAAAUGUGGGCGAUUUGUGAUAUUGCCAUGCAUCUAAUCUUCUCAAAGUCCAUUAGUUAUGACACAAGAGAAUUUCCGCUGGAAGCGAGGAUACCUUCGAUGUAUUUCCAGGCACAACCGGAUGACUUUAGGAAUACAAGAAUAUAUCUUCCAGCUGAUCUCUAUCAUCCGCAGAAUAUGAAUGCCAAUCGAAAGCACCAACUGACUGACCGCAAAGUGACGUCAAACAACAAAGGACAUGAUUCCGGUGAUUUAGAAACGGAAAAUGAGAACAAUUGUGACGAACAGCAUCAAUUAUCGCUGGACAUGGAUGAACCGCCCGCAAAACGAAUGAUUUUGGGUGAGUAAAGGGAAGGGGCGGAACGGGGGGUUAAUGAGAGAGAGAGAGAAAGAAAUUUCAGUGAAGAGAUAUCAAAGAGAAUAAUGACGUUAACUUUUUAUUAAUUUAUGAUGAUAAGUAGGAAAGAUAUUUAAUAAGUUGAAAAAUGAGAAAGUAUAAAGAAUUUUCUUUAUUCUUUUGCUCUGAUGUAAUGAAUUAAGAAUGUAAGAAUGGAGAAAGCAGAAGAUUCAGUUUAAGUUUAUUUCCCCCCCUCAAACAUUUUCUUUCACUAUCUUUUGUCUCAUAUAUUUUUUUUUUGCUAAGUUUCUGAAAUCGUUAAUUUCCUCCCUUUUUUUGUCUUUAUUAGUUUUUAUUAGCAAUUAAUUGAAUUAUAUACAAUUAAUAUUUGAACUUUUUAACGGAAUAAGGAAAUAAAUUUCAUAUUUGUCUUUAUUCUUCAAUACAA